CGAUAUUCGUCUGGGGUACUUAUUACCAGACUUAUUCAAUCCCUUUGGGCCUUGCUCAAUUCCCAGACAAGCAUGCUCAUAAACCUCGAAUGCGCCCUACAUGUCGGCGACAAGUGCGCCUCAGCCAGUGAAGCUCUCACUGCCUCUUGAGUACCAACAGGCUCUCUUCCAAGAACUUCGGUCCGAAGAUGAGCUCAUCGUCCUGGCCCGCGGGCUAGGGCUCAUGCGCCUCGUCACCAACCUACUCCACUCCUAUGACGCCGCCGGGAACAACCUCAUCAUCAUCGUCGGCGCCGAGGACCGCGAGAACGCCUGGAUCGGCGAAGCUCUGGCCGAACAUGCCGCCAUCAGCAUGUCCCCCAAGGCCCGGGGCCUGACCGUCGUCAACACGGACUUCACCAGCGUCGGCGCUCGCGAGAAGAUGUACGCUCGCGGCGGCAUCUUCAGCAUCACGUCCCGCAUCCUGAUCGUCGACCUCCUGACCAGCCUCCUCAACCCGGAGACUAUUACUGGUAUCAUGGUCCUCCACGCCGACCGCGUGUCUACCACCUCCCUCGAGGCCUUCAUCCUUCGCAUCUACCGGCAGAAGAACAAGAUCGGCUUCCUCAAGGCCUUCUCCGACAACCCGGACCCUUUCUCCACCGGCUUCGCCCCCCUGGCCACCAUGAUGCGCAACCUGUUCCUCAAGAAGGCGUCGUUGUGGCCCCGGUUUCACGUCGUCGUCGCCGAAUCGCUCGAGGGCAAGAAGAAGAAGGCCGAGGUGAUCGAGCUCGAGGUGCCCAUGACCGACUCCAUGAGGGACAUUCAGAACGCCAUCCUGGAGUGUGUCGAGGUGAGCAUCCACGAGCUGAAAAAGGCCAAUGCCGGCGCCCUGGACAUGGACGGCUGGAACCUGGACAGCGCGCUGUUGAAGAACUUCGACGUGGUCGUUCGGAGGCAGCUCGAGCCCAACUGGCACCGCGUCAGUUGGAAGACGCGCCAGAUCGUCAACGACUUGACCGUCCUUCGCGGCCUGCUGCAUUCCGUCCUCACAUUCGACGCCGUCGCCUUCCUCCAACACCUCGACACCAUCUACGCCGCCCACUCGCCUCCCCCCGGCUCCACCAGGCAGAACCAGUCGCCCUGGCUCUUCCUCGACGCCGCCCAGACCAUCUUCGAAACGGCCCGUAAGAGGGUGUACGCGGCCAGCACGCGCCCGGCCGUCGCCGGCCCGGACAUUGACGCCCUCCAACCCGUGCUCGAGGAGUUGCCCAAGUGGUCUGUCCUCGCGGAGGUACUGGAGGAAAUCGACCGCGACUUGUGGUUUGACCCGCCUGUCCGGGACGACUCGAAUGGGACCAUCCUCGUCAUGUGCUCCGAUGCCAACACCUGCAGGCAACUCCGCGACUACUUGCAAACCAUGCAUGUGAAACCCAAGACGAACGAACCAGAACGGGCGAAGAUGAAGAAGACGAAGGAUGUUCGUGAUGAUGAUGACGAUGAUGACGACGAUGACAAAUCAAAACUCUCGGCUGCCUUCAUGAUGCGAAGGAAGCUCCGCAACUAUCUCAACUGGAAAAAGGAGUUCGCGCGAGUCAGCGCCACCCUGUUCUCCGAGAACCAGAGAGCCCUCAACGGGGCGACGGACGGACGGUCCGGCCAACCCCUCCGAGGCAAAGCCCCCCCGAACAAGCGGAGGCGGGUCCGGGGCGGAGGCGCCAUAGGCGCCAUAUCGGGACGGGCCGAGAACGGAAGCGUCGUGCCCCUCGCCGACAGGCCGUCGGACGUAGCAGGGCUCGUCGCCCAAGUGCAAGCCACGGAGGAAGAGAAGGCGCAGCAUCAAAAGGCCGACGCCGUGGCCGACGUGGUAGCCGACCCCCUGGACGACAUGGAGGACUACUACCAGCUGUACGAGAUGCAGGACCUCGUCGUCAUCCACGCCUACGACGGAGACCAGGACGAACACGUGCUGGAGGAAGUCAAGCCCCGCUACGUAAUCAUGUACGAGCCCGACGCCGCCUUCAUCCGCCGCGUCGAGGUGUACCGGUCGUCCCACAACAGCCGCCACGUCAGGGUGUACUUUUUGUACUACGGCGGCUCGGUGGAGGAGCAGCGUUACCUCUCGACCGUGCGGCGCGAAAAGGACGCCUUCACCAAGCUGAUCAAGGAGCGCGCCAGCAUGUCGCUCGUCAUGACCACCGCCGCCGCCGACGCCGCGCAUGGGCACGGGGCGGGGUUCGACGACCCGCAGGAAGCCUUCCUCCGCACCGUCAAUACGCGGAUCGCGGGCGGCGGGCGCCUGGCGGCCACGGCGCAGCAGCCGCGCGUGGUGGUGGACGUGCGGGAGUUCCGGUCCUCCCUCCCGUCGCUGCUGCACGGGCGGUCCAUGGAGAUCGUGCCCUGCAUGCUGACGAUCGGGGACUACGUCCUCUCGCCCAACCUGUGCGUCGAGCGCAAGUCCAUAGGCGACCUCGUCGCCUCGCUCAAGGACGGCCGCCUAUACGCCCAGGCCGAGGCCAUGUUCCAGCACUACAAGAACCCGCUGCUGCUCAUCGAGUUCGACCAGAACAAGUCGUUCACCCUGGAGCCGUUUGCCGACCUGUCGUCCGCCUCCUCCGCCUCCUCCGCCUCCUCCUCCUCCUCCUCCUCCACGGCCCCGCCCAGCGUGUCGUCGGACGUGCAGUCCAAGCUGGUGCUCCUGACCCUGGCGUUCCCGCAGCUGCGCAUCCUCUGGAGCUCGUCCCCGUUCCAGACGGCCGAGAUGUUCGAGGCGCUCAAGUCGCAGGAGCACGAGCCGGACCCGCUGACGGCGGUGCGUGCCGGCCUGGACCGGGACAUGCGCGCCGACGACCAGAGCUUCAACCUCGAGCCGCAGGAGAUGCUGGGCAUCGUCCCCGGGGUGACGCCCAAAAAUAUCAAAAACAUCGUGCUCGAGACGGAGAACUUGCGCGAGGUGGCCAACAUGAGCCAGGAAGAACUUGAGCCGCUCGUGGGACGGCAGGCUGCACGGCAGAUGCACGAGUUUUUCAACCGCAAUGUCGUGGAAGAAUAAUUAACAGGUGGCUUGUCAAAUUUUGUAUUUCGAGAAAUCACAUACGGGCACGCAAGAGCAAGAGCCGAGGAACGUGGUGUAAUAUAGUAAACAGGAUAUUAAAUAAAAUUCUAGGAGUACGGACUGGUUAUAAUGCAGCGCCGAGGGGGUAUCUGGAUUUCUCUCGUCUCCAUCCUCCAUGGCCAACAUCUGGCCAUCCUCAAACAUGGUC